GAUGUUACUCUGUCUUUUUUCGAGCGGUGAGUGAGUAAGACCAGUGCGGAUAUUUUUGCUUUUCCCAUCUUUCUUAUUUUUUUUGCUUUCAUCAAUGGCGGUUACAUGUUCUUGGGAUUAAAGAACAAUGGUCUCUCGCUCUAAAAAGAACUUGGCCACAAGUUCUAGUUUGGAAAACCCAAUUUGUAGUUCCUUGUGAAAAUGAAGAAAUUUACACCGGAAGAACGAAAAGAUGAUGAACUCUGUCCGAAAUUCAAGCGGCGGACAGUUUCUGCUGUUAGAGAAUUUCCCAUUGGGUGCGGACCAAGAAGACAAAUUGGAGAUCAUGGUGACGCUAAUCAUGCUUCUGUUGCUGCCACUGUAAGGGGAAAAUUCAACCCUCCAAUUCCUGAGAGGUUACAGGCAUUUCCUGUGAUGCGGAAAUUUCCACACAACCCACCUGGUUGUGGAAACUUGGUUUCUAAUCCUUCGGGUAAUGCUUCACCCUCUAAUUUGAGGAUGGUUGAGAAUUGCAAGCAAUUACCAAAUGCUUGUGUUAUCCAUCCGGAGGACUAUGCUAAAACGCUGGCUCUUACCCCAUUGGUUGAGAAUGAGGAAGUUGAGGAUGCAGAUGUUAGUGAGAGAUGCUUAAUCUUGCGUGUUUCGGAUGAUGAAGCUUCGAAGAAGAUGCGUGAGAAAGUGGUAGAAGCUUUGAAUCUGUUCCAGGAGAUAAGGAAUGAGUUCUUGCUGGAAAAGAAAAGGAAGACAGAAACACGGAGUGGUGGCGAAAUCAACCAGGUGAAUUUUCUAGCGGCAGAAGCUCUCAGGAAGAUAGAGAAAUGUGUUAAUGUUAGUAAGCAAAUUGGCCCUGUAUGUGGAGUUGAGGUUGGUGACAGGUUUUCGUGUAGGGCCGAACUAAAAGUUGUUGGCCUUCAUCAUCAAUUCAUUUGUGGUAUUGAUCAUAUGGAGAAAGAUGGUAAAAUUUUGGCCACGAGCAUCGUCGAUUCUCAUCGUUAUGAAAAUGUGGUGAAGUCUUCGAGUGUCAUGGUUUAUUCUGGUGAAGGUGGGAAUACUGUGUUUCCAGGGAAGCAACCAAAUGAUCAAAAACUUGUUAAGGGAAACCUUGCAUUGAAGAAUAGCUUCGAAGCUAGAACACCUGUCAGGGUAAUUCGUAGUUUCCAUAUUUUGAAGGAAUCUAUUGUUUUGGGCACAAGUGGAAAGAAGAUUGAUGGCAAGGUGUAUAUAUAUGAUGGUUUGUGGUAUGUGGAUGGUUAUUGGAAAGGGAAAGGGAGAUUGGGUAAUGACGUUUACAAAUUUAAAAUGGUAAGGAUUGAUGGGCAACCACCAUUUGAUUUCAGAAAAUUUGUCAACAAUACAAAAGCUGGUGAAACAAUGCGGAAAGGUAAUAUUCUCAUGAACGAUAUUUCUCAAGGAAAAGAGAAGUUUGCCAUUUGUGUGAAGAAUGACAUAGAUGAUGAAAAACCCCCAUUUUUCAACUAUGUCACCAAUAUCGUUUAUCCUGCUUCUUUUGCCCCAUGUGUGCAUACAUGUUGUGAUUGCAUGGAUGGAUGUGAAAAUUCCAAGAAAUGUGCUUGUGCAAUCAAGAAUGGUAAUGCAAUGCCUUAUGAUUGCUCUGGCCGAAUCGUAGUUGAUAAUCCUUUUGUUUAUGAAUGUGCUCCCUCAUGUAAGUGUUCUCCUUCCUGUAUUAACAAAGUUAGUCAAAAUGGUGUCCGUUUUCAGCUAGAAGUCUUCAAGUCCAAGUCCGGACAUUGGGGUGUUCGAUCAAAAAAUUACAUUAGGUGUAGAAGUUUUGUAUGCGAAUAUAUCAAUGGAGAAGUGCUUCGAGUUAUUGAGAGCAAAAUUGAUUUGGAAAGAUGUAUAUUUGAUCGCGGCAAGGAAUAUGGUAACAAAGACUAUCAAGGUGGACGAAAUUCAGAGGUUUUGCAACGUGGGAAUGUUGGAAGUUUUGUUAAUCAUAGUUGUUCUCCAAAUCUUUUUGCUCGAUAUAUCCUUUAUGAUCAUGAUGAUGAAAGAAUACCACACAUCAUGUUGUUUGCUAUGAUGGAUAUCCCUCCCCUUCGAGAGUUAACUUUUGACCAUCAAAGAUUAGACGAAUUCGUGAUGUAUAAUGGUGAAAUGAAUUUGUAAAGUUGUUGAUGUUUUGUUUAGUUACAUAUGGUACUUGUGUUGGGAGUUUGGCAUCUCUCUUUGUAAGAUGUAUUCUAUCGUAACCUAGUUUGUCAGUUGCAUUAAUAGAAGUUCUUGUAAAGUAGAAAUUCUGUUUGAAAAUGCAGUCUGAUCUUCAUGAUCA